CAAUGGGAAGAGUGGAUGUCUAUUUGAACGGCGAAAAGCGGGUUAGCAAACAUUCGAGAGGGAAACAAAGAGGAGUCUACAUCUUACUUCUCUUGGACUCAAAGCACUGGAAUAAUUUACUUUUUUUAAGGUUCUGAAUUCUUUGGCAUUUUUCUAAGGUCCCCAUCAUGUCUCACAAACAAAUCUACUACUCUGAUAAAUAUGACGAUGAAAAAUACGAGUACAGACACGUCAUGCUACCCAAAGACAUUGCAAAGCGUGUACCGAAGACCCAUUUGAUGUCGGAGACCGAGUGGAGGAACCUUGGGGUCCAGCAGAGCCAAGGAUGGGUACAUUACAUGAUCCACCAGCCAGAGCCGCACAUCCUGCUGUUCCGGCGCCCUCUGCCUAGCCAAAAGUCAUAAGGGAGAGAAUCUCUGUGUCCUUUGGAAGAUCAGCCCUGUUUGCCACAGAUCGUCUCAUCAUAAUAAGAUGAUGCUGUCAAGAUUACCAAGCUCUUUUGUGGUAGGUGACUUGUGAUUUGGGCUGAUGCCGUUGGACCUGGAGAAGGACUAUCAAAUUUAUGAACAGUGGUUGUGGAAUGGAGUACACGUUGAAGAAAAAAAAAAAAAGAUCAUCUCCCCUUCUCUUAGGGAAAAAAGACUUCUUCAUAUGUUAACAGCGGGACUCCAGAAACCUUUAAAUCAGCUUACAUGGUCUUUUUGACCUUACCUUAUCUGUCCAACAUGCUGAACCUGCUUGGAUAUUCCAGCCUUUUAGAACAUGAGUUGUUAUAAGAUGUGGGAAUUGAAACUUGUUAAAAAAAAAUGUUAGUGAUACCAACAGAGUGCAUAUUGGGUCAGAACACAAGCCUCACUAUGUGAUCUUAAACAAAGUUUUGACUCGGGGAAAAUACCAAACUGCGGUUGCAAGUGACAUGUUGCUGCUUGGUUUAAAUGACACUGAAAAUGAGCAUUUAACACUUUUAUGUCAUAUGCAUGUAAAGCCGCAUCCAUGAGUCGUCUAAUCUAGUUUUGAUCCCUUUUUUCCACGAGAGCAUAUUAUUAGUUUGGCCUACUUAAAGAAACAAAAUCUUUUUCAUAGCUCCUUUGGUACCAUACUGGUGCUAAGUAUUUGUGUUGUCCGUUCUGAAAUUAUUGUAAACUUUUAAACCUUAUGAUAAGUGUGGAUUUUGGAAGUAUUGGACAAAUAAGCAGAACCACUUGACCCAUGAAAAUGGAUAAUGGGGAAUAAAAAAGAAAUGUUAGUUGAUGACAGAAAGUUCCCUAACAUGCUCUUAUAAAAUGCAUCCGGAUCAUUGUAUGAAAUGUUGUAAUGCAAGUCACGUUUAUUUCGGAUUGUGGAAUUGAAAACUAUUGCAUAAGGCACUUGAUUUUACUGUCAUGCUUGUGUUGAAUACAUGCACCUACUCUGACAUGUUUGUAAUCCACCUCUCCCUUUUUACUACCACUCACUGAGCUGCUCUGCUGUCACUGAGGCUUAAACUUUGCCUUUAGAAAAACUGUUCUUCGAACAAGUGCCUUUUUUGUAGGGUUUGCUUUUGUCUGACAAAUAUAAUUUUAUAAAUACAUGUGUAGUUAAAGAGAUGUUCUACUGUUUCAGAAUUAAUAAAAGAAUAAAUGCAAUCAAAUCAAAGGUAUGAUGCAUUUAGUCUUUGAUGAAACAACUGAAAUGAGGUGUUGAAUGAUGAUUAUACCCCUGUUUGGUAAUCUUGAAUCGAACACCAGAAUAUUGGAUUACUAAACAUGGAUUGUGGAAAAACUAAUGUUGUUGUAUCACAAUGUAAAUAUUUAACUGUGCCAUUUUUUUCCCACUUUUCUCUUUGUCUGUAAUUUCACAUUUACAUAAAAACAUUAUGCCGGACAAAAGUUUUUAUGCCAUCAUGUAGUAGUUGGUGCAAACAUAAAUUUACCAGACUUGGCAUGACUUUCUUGGACACAUCCUGGCUCCUUACUGUUUACUGUCUCAACUGUAAAAUAAAAGGAAAAUGCAUCAAAAAAAAUAAUAA